GGGCUUUGACGAAAGUUGUCGAUUCCAUUAUUUCCUUUAAAGAAAAAAAAAAAAAAAAAAACCCAGCCAAAAAACCCGAGCUGCUGUUAGUUCCUCGUCUGCACUUUUUCCCUCCUCUGGAGAGGAGGGGUAGUGUGAGGAAAGGAGCGAAGAAAAUAAGAGGCAUUUCCUCCCCGCGGGGAGCGACAGCCGAGUCUCGGCCGCCAGCGGGAGCGGCGUUGGCAGCCGCCGCGGGCGUCGGGCCGCCCCGGGUCCCACUAUGCAGGAGCCGGCCGAGAGCUGCUGAGGCGCCGGGCCGCAGAAGCGGUGUUCCAGUGCAGCGGGCUCCGGCGCUCGCGGACCAGUCCUGUCCCCCCGGCGGCGGCGGCGGCGGGAUGGAGCCGGCGGCCGCGCCCCGGCCGGACAUGGCGCCGGAGCUGACCCCCGAGGAGGAGCAGGCUACUAAGCAGUUUCUUGAGGAGAUCAACAAGUGGACAGUUCAGUACAAUGCUUCUCCACUCUCCUGGAAUGUGGCUGUCAAGUUCCUCAUGGCCAGGAAGUUCGAUGUGCCUCGUGCUAUAGAGCUGUUUCAUGCCUACAGAGAGACAAGAAGAAAGGAAGGCAUCGUGAAGCUGAAACCUCACGAGGAACCUCUCCGUUCUGAGAUCCUCAGUGGGAAAUUCACCAUCUUGAAUGUUCGAGACCCAACUGGAGCCUCCAUUGCCCUUUUCACUGCCAGGUUACAUCAUCCUCACAAGUCCGUCCAGCAUGUGGUACUUCAGGCCUUGUUUUAUUUGCUAGACAGAGCUGUGGACAGCUUUGAAACUCAAAGGAAUGGAUUGGUGUUUAUCUAUGACAUGUGUGGUUCGAAUUAUGCCAACUUCGAGCUAGAUCUUGGCAAGAAAGUCCUAAACCUGCUGAAGGGAGCAUUUCCAGCUCGUUUGAAGAAAGUGCUGAUUGUAGGCGCACCCAUAUGGUUCCGAGUGCCCUAUUCUAUCAUCAGCCUGCUCUUGAAGGACAAAGUCCGGGAGAGGAUUCAGAUAGUAAAGACAUCUGAAGUUACCCAGCACCUGCCUAGGGAGUGCCUUCCAGAAAAUCUGGGUGGGCACGUCAAAAUUGACCUCGCCACUUGGAAUUUCCAGUUCCUGCCCCAAGUGAAUGGCCACCCAGAUCCCUUCGAUGAGAUCAUCCUGUUUUCCCUACCUCCUGCCUUAGACUGGGACUCAGUACAUGUUCCAGGUCCCCAUGCCAUGACCAUCCAAGAGUUGCUAGACUAUGUUAAUACCAGGCAAAAGCGGGGCAUAUAUGAGGAGUAUGAAGACAUCCGCCGUGAGAACCCUGUUGGCACUUUCCACUGUUCCAUGUCUCCAGGAAACCUCGAGAAGAACCGAUAUGGAGAUGUGCCCUGCCUGGAUCAAACCAGAGUGAAGCUGACAAAGCGCAGUGGCCACACUCAGACAGAUUACAUCAAUGCCAGUUUCAUGGAUGGCUACAAGCAGAAGAAUGCUUAUAUUGGUACACAAGGCCCUUUGGAGAAUACCUAUCGUGACUUCUGGCUCAUGGUUUGGGAGCAAAAAGUUUUGGUGAUUGUAAUGACUACCCGCUUUGAGGAAGGUGGCAGGAGAAAAUGUGGCCAGUAUUGGCCUUUAGAAAAAGACUCUCGGAUCCGAUUUGGCUUCCUCACGGUGACUAAUCUAGGAGUGGAGAACAUGAACCAUUAUAAGAAAACGACUCUAGAAAUUCACAACACAGAGGAGCGGCAGAAACGCCAGGUGACCCACUUCCAGUUCCUAAGCUGGCCAGACUAUGGUGUCCCUUCCUCAGCAGCUUCUCUCAUUGACUUUCUGAGAGUGGUCAGGAAGCAGCAGAACCUGGCUGUCGGCAGCCUGGGAGCACGGUCCAAAGGGCAGUGCCCUGAGCCUCCCAUUGUGGUUCAUUGCAGUGCAGGCAUCGGCAGGACAGGUACCUUCUGCUCAUUGGACAUCUGCCUGGCACAGCUGGAGGAGCUUGGCACCCUCAAUGUGUUCCAGACAGUGUCACGCAUGAGGACACAGAGGGCCUUCAGCAUCCAGACCCCUGAGCAGUACUACUUUUGCUACAAGGCCAUUCUAGAGUUUGCAGAGAAGGAAGGCAUGGUUCCCUCUGCUCACAGCCUGUUGGCCAUGGAGGGCCAAUAACUGUUCCACGAGUUUCUACCUGCUGGCCAGCCUUCCUUAAACUACCCUGGACACCGCUGAGCCUAUAGGUUGCCAUCAGUUAUGCUGAAGCCAUGGAUCAACCUCUUUCUUGUGUCUCCCAGCGCACAUGUGCACGCAAGGCAGCCUUUCCCUUUGGCUAGAUAAAUGUGGUGAAAUUGCCACUAGAAAGGGCCAGCAGCAAUGUGUUCUUAAUUCCUAGCACCUGCUAUUGAACUGUGCCUUAUUAAAACCAAAUUGUGGCUGUUGAGUUUUGCCAGGGUCCCUGAGGUAAGUGGGGAAGGAACCCCCAUCUCCCAAUGCCAUUCUUCUUCUGGAAGUCUCCUCCUUCCCUUUGCUAGGAUUUGACAGGGAGGUUUGGUGAGCAUUCACCUUCCUGCCCAGAGAGCUUGACCAAGUUACAUAUUCUAGAGAAUGUCCCGAGUGCCAAGCACGUUUAUACAUAGGGCGUGUAUUCCAGUCUUUUCUGUCAUUCUGUGUGUGUGCGCGUGUACUUAACGUGUAUGGAUCCAUAUGUG